UGGAUAGAUUUCCAACACGAAAACAUAACAAAUAAACUUAUAUAUUGGCAGUUGACUGUACAUAUAUACUAAAAUGUUCAACAGGGGAAAAGGAUGGCUGCCAGGCUUACUAGCUAAGCCAAAAAACCCACAUUCUCUGGAGCAUUUAAAGUACUUGUACAAUGUUUUAUGUAAGAAUCAGACAGUGACUGAACAGAAUCGUGUUCUGCUUGUGGAGACGUUGAGAUCUAUAUCAGAAAUCUUAAUUUGGGGAGACCAAAAUGACAGCAGUGUUUUUGAUUUUUUCCUGGAAAAGAAUAUGCUGACAUUCUUCUUGCGUUACAUGCGACAGAAGUAUGGCCGAUUUAUCUGUGUACAGUUACUACAGACGCUGAAUAUUCUGUUUGAGAACAUCAGCAAUGAGACAUCACUGUAUUACUUGCUGUCCAACAACCACAUCAACUCAAUCAUUGUGCACAAGUUUGACUUCUCCGAUGAAGAGGUGAUGGCAUAUUACAUAUCCUUCUUGAAAACCUUGUCACUGAAGCUGAACAAACACACCAUUCAUUUCUUCUACAACGAACAUACAAAUGAUUUUGCCUUAUAUACAGAGGCAAUAAAGUUCUUCAACCACUCCGAGGGCAUGGUCAGAAUUGCUGUUAGAACUAUCACACUUAACGUUUAUCAAGUUCAAGAUGGAGCAAUGUUGAGAUACAUCAGAGAUAGAACAGCGGCGCCAUAUUUUUCCAACCUUGUAUGGUUUAUCGGCAACCAUAUUCUUGAUCUAGAUAUCUGUGUUCGAAAUGACACUGAUCAUCAGAGCAGAGGGCGGUUGGGAACACUAGUAGCAGAACAUUUGGACCAUCUACAUUAUAUCAAUGAUAUUUUGUUAAUCAACAUCGAUACGUUAAAUGACGUGUUAUCGGAUCAACUCCUAAAUCGUCUCCUUAUUCCACUGUAUGUUUACUCCCUUACCAAGAGGAAACGCCAUGAUCUCAGAAAGAGUAACAGGAAAUAUGUCAGCUCAGUUGUCUCCCUUUUCUUACUGUCCCAGGUGUUUUUGAUCAUACGUCAUGGUCCGCUGGUACGUCAGCUGGCAGAGAUUAUAUUUCAAGGUGAAGUUGAACAGACAAGGCAUGAUGACCAGUCCUCAGAUUCACCCAGAAUGCUUGUUCGUGAGUUUGCUGCCCCAGACGAGACUCUUGAAGAAACCUUGGGAAGUAGCCGAGGAUUGAGGCCGCGUAAUGAGUCUGUGCGAGUACGAGAAGGUAACUCAACGUUCUACCGGAGAAGUGAUGUACCUGGUGAAAAUGUCACUGAAGCUGGUGCUACAGGGGACCAGGAUGAAGUUUUUGAUGAGACUGUGCCCUCACAGAACUCUACAGACGAGGAGAAGAUUUUAUCUACACGUAGCCAGUCAUUGAGGAUGGGAGGCGGGACCUCUCCUACACUUGGUUCAUUCUCAUUAGAUAAUAGGCCGUACCUAGAAGCUAUAUUCCAUGCACUAGAAUGUACAGAGAAUGAUUAUGAGGCUCUGUUUGCGCUGUGCCUGCUGUAUGCAAUGGGACAUAAUGAAGGAAUUCACCAAGGCUUGAUGGAUUCUGUAUUCAUGCCGACAGACAGAUCAGAGGCCAAAGAUAACUACAACAUUCUACUAGUAGAGAGACUGAUACGUAUAAUCACCCUCGCAUCGCAACCCGGCAGUAAAGUUAGGCUGUCAACAUUAGAACUUAGUAUACGACUAUUAAAACAGCUAGUGUAUACACCAGGAAAGUCGUACCUGCAGGAUCGACAUCUAGCAUGCAUUGAAAAUGCAAGAGAAUGUAGUAACCAAUUGUUGAGAAAUUUUUACAAGAGUGAAGAGAUUUUCCUGGAUAUGUUUGAAGAUGAGUACAACGAAAUGAAGUCGCGUCCCCUUAAUGUAGAGUACCUAACAAUGGAUGCCUCUAUUUUGCUACCACCCACUGGUACUCCACUGACUGGUAUAGACUUCAACAAGAGGCUACCAUGUGGGGAAGUUGAGAGAGCAAGAAGGGCAAUACGUGUAUUUUUCCUGGUACGGGAUCUCUCGCUGUCACUCUUACAAGAGGAAGAGAAACAAUUACCACUUACCAAAGACAAGGACUGCGUUAGAAUCGACAACAUACUUGAUCUUAAUAACAGUGACCUGAUUGCCUGUACAGUGGUAACCAAAGACAAGAAGCAGAAACGAUUUCUGGUAAUAGAUGCACUGCAGAUGAUCUUAGUUGAGCCGGAUAUCAGACGGCUAGGCUGGGGAAUCGUUACUUUUGUAGGAUUCUUGCAGAAUAUUGAAGUUACGGGUGAUAAAGAAGAUAGCAGAUCACUACACAUUACUGUGCAUAAACCCGCUUCGUCCCACCAUGCGCGUCCUGUCCCCUUACUUGCCGCAAGGUUUAUAUUUGAUGAUCACAUACGCUGCAUGGCAGCGAAGCAGAGACUGACAAAAGGUCGAAUGAAGGCAAGACACCAGAAAAUGCAGAUGAUUGAGAAAUUGUUGGACAUUCCGUCGGAGGCAGCUAGCCAUGGAACAUUCAGUAGAUCAGGUCCUAUACCAGGUCGGGUUCAUGCUGUCAGGGUAUCAGGCAGUACCACAGAAAGGAGGACACAGUCCUCAACUUCAGUGCAAUCAGAGAGUAGGUCACAUGAUCAUACUUCCAUCCAAUCAGGAGCCAGUCCUGGUCAGUUUUCCUCUGCUUCAAGUGAUCAGCAAGAUCGUCGUAUUGAACGGACCCAGUCCAUCUACGUUGAGCAGGGUACGGAAUCAAGUUCGACCAUUCCACGUUCAAAUGCAGAAGUGAAUAAGGAUACUACUGCCGAGGAGGUAGAAGUGGCGGAAGAAGCGACUUCUGAAAUGGCUUUCCAAUCCUUGCACCAGCCACCAAGCGAAAUUGCCAACAGACAUGAUUCCAGCUCACAUGAAGGUAGUCCUGCACCUCAGGAGAUACCACUGGAAGAUAUGUCCAGGAAAAUGAAAUCAAAGCGUAAAGAACAGCUUACUCGAGCAAAACUUACGAAGUCGAGAUUAGCAGCAGAGCUAAAAAUACAACAAGAUCAGUCAAGAAGUAGUUCUCAGAGUCCAAAAAGAAAACCCAGCUCAGAGAAUCUGUCAAAGGUCAAACUUAGAGGAAGGUCAACAUCUCUUACUGAUACACAUGAUAGCAGUGGUAGAAGCAGAAGUGGCACUCCAGAAAGACGUGUACAUAGUGAAAGUAGUCCCUUACCGUAUAGUUCCCGUUCUAACCAUUCCUAUAGAUUAAAGAAAAAAUCCAAAGAAAGCCAAACCCAAACUAGUUUAAAUGCAGACUUAGAUUCAUUGCAUGUGGAUUCUAAUGAAAGUUCUAGUGGUAUCAAAGCAGAUCCACCAAAGACAUUAAUACCAGCACCUUCACCACCUGUGUCACUGGUGCCGAAGACAGAUUUCGAAACUCAGAUUAAAGAUUCACCAAAACUUAUGCCACCAGUGGAUAAAGAUCGAGGUAGAAGUUUUAGUGAUGUUUCGCAAACAAGUAGUGAAAACGAUAUGUCAUCGUUAGGCAGUAGUGGUAGGAGUUCAGACAGUUUGAAUCCCCCAAAUCUGGGGCUGGAUACCCCAAUGGGGGCUGGGGCAGAAAUGACCAAUGCCACUGUUACAGUGGAAACUCUGAAGCCACCUUCAGUUACCGGAGGUAAGACAGCAUCAGAUAGACUUACACAAUUGGCUCAAAUGGUGCAACAGUAUAACUUUGAAGGGGAAGAAGAGGUGACAACUGAUAUAGAUAAACAAACUUAAUUCAUAAUCAGUUUUAAAAUUUUCAAGUUGUCAUGAUAAAAACUUACCUUCUGGUGACAAGUUACGAAUAUACUGUGAUCUGGGUCAGGUUUCAAAAAGUUUCUAAGUUUGAUGGAAAAUAUUGUUUUGCAACUCAAAAUUUUUAACAAACACAAUCUUAAAAGUAGACAAUGGGGCAGUUUUAUAUUUAAAAUGUUAAUCCUGUAACUUGGACACAUGCAAACAAAGUCUGAAGCUGGUAUAUUAUAGGAGUCAGAUAACAGUUAGUUUGUCUGUUGCUAAAAAUUGUGGUACAUACAACUUCCACACUUCCAAGGGAAUUCCAGCACACAUCACAAUGUACUGUAGAUGUUUAGAAGUUUUUCCAGGGGUCAGUCUAAAGGCUGCCUAGUAAAGGGCUCUUUUUUUGCUUUCACAAAAGCAAUAUUGCAGGGGAGUUAAUCACUUCCAAUGAUAGCUCUAGUUUAAAAGUCAAAAUUAACCCACUAAGUAUUAUUUUAGUGAAAUACAUUUUGUCCGUCAAACAAUGUCAAGCCUUUUUGUUCUCAUUUGACAUACUUUGUAUCAUAUGUUUAAGUAUAAUGGAUUUUGUAAUACAAUAGUUAUGUGUGUCAUAAUAUUUUAUGAAUGGAUAAGGAAAUUUUCAUUUUCCAAGAAAAGAAAAACCUUGUUCUUGAUCAAACUGCAUUUAAAAACAGCGUAAUACAAAACCCAUAAAUUUCAUCAUCAGCUUGUUGUGGGGAAAAAACGCUAUAUUCAGUGCAUUACUAUUUCUUUUUCUAGAAUAUGACAUCAAAUGUAAUGAAACACUUCUAAAACCUAAAUGAUGUUCUUUUACUUGUAUUUUUAAGCCACUUGCUUGAUAUUGUAGCUAAUUUUUUGCAGAGGUUUGAUCAUUAUGUCUCCCCCAGGAGACAUAUUGUUUUUGCCCUGUCCAUCCGUCCGUCUGUCCGUCCGUCCGUCCGUACGUCACACUUCAUUUCCGAGCAAUAACUGGAGAACCAUUUGACCUAGAACCUUCAAACUUUAUAGGGGUGUAGGGCUGCUGGAGUAGACGACCCCUAUUGUUUUUGGGGUCACUCCGUCAAAGGUCAAGGUCACAGGGGCCUGAACAUUGAAAACCAUUUCCGAUCAAUAACUAGAGAACCAUUUGACCCAGAAUGUUGAAACUUCAUAGGAUGAUUGGUCAUGAAGAGUAGAUGACCCCUAUUGAUUUUGGGGUCACUCCGUCAAAGGUCAAGGUCACAGGGGCCAGAACAUUGAAAACCAUUUCCGAUCAAUAACUAGAGAACCACUUGACCCAGAAUGUUGAAACUUCAUAGGAUGAUUGGUCAUGAAGAGUAGAUGACCCCUAUUGAUUUUGGGGUCACUCCAUUAAAGGUCAAGGUCACAGGGGCCUGAACAUUGAAAACCAUUUCCGAUCAAUAACUGGAGAACCACUUGACCCAGAAUGUUGAAACUUCAUAGGAUGAUUGGUCAUGAAGAGUAGAUGACCCCUAUUGAUUUUGGGGUCACUCCGUCAAAGGUCAAGGUCACAGGGGCCUGAACAUUGAAAACCAUUUCCGAUCAAUAACUGGAGAAGCACUUGACCCAGAAUGUUGAAACUUCAUAGGAUGAUUGGUCAUGAAGAGUAGAUGACCCCUAUUGAUUUUGGGGUCACUCCGUCAAAGGUCAAGGUCACAGGGGCCUGAACAUUGAAAACCAUUUCCGAUCAAUAACUGGAGAACCACUUGACCCAGAAUGUUGAAACUUCAUAGGAUGAUUGAUCAUGAAGAGUAGAUGACCCCUAUUGAUUUUGGGGUCACUCCAUUAAAGGUCAAGGUCACAGGGGCCUGAACAUUGAAAACCAUUUCCGGUCAGUAACUUGAGAACCACUUGACCCAGAAUGAUGGAACUUCAUAGGAUGAUUGGUCAGGCAGAGUAGAUGACCCCUAACGAUUUUGGGGUCACUCUGUUAAAGGUCAAGGCCACAGGGGCCUGAACAUGGAAAACCAUUUCCAAUCAAUAACUUGAGAACCUCUCGACCCAGAAUUUUGAAACUUCAUAGGAUGAUUGUUCAUACAGAGUAAAUGACCCCUAUUGUUUUUGGGGUCACGCCGUUAAAGGUCAAGGUCACAGGGGCCUGAACAUUGAUAACCAGUUCCGAUCAAUAACUUGAGAACCACUUGACCCAGAAUGUUGAAACUUCAUAGGAUGAUUGAACAUGCAGAGUAGAUGACUCCUAUUGAUUUUGGAGUCAGUCAAUUAAAGGUCAAGGUCACAGUGGCCUGUUCAUGUAAAAUCAUUUUUUGGAAAUAAUUUGAGAACCACUUGACCUACAAUGUUGAAACUUAAUAGGAUGAUUGGACAUGCAGAGUAGAUGACCCCUAUUUAUUUUGAGGUCACUUGAUCAAAGGUCAAGGUCACAGGAGCCUGAACAGUGACUUGAGAACCACUAGGCCAAGAGUGUUGAAAUUUAGCGGGAUGACUGGACAUGCCAAGUAGAUGAUCCCUAUUGCAGCCAACCAUCAGUGUCUCUUUGACUUUCCCUCCUGACCCCUAUUGACUUCUUGCCUAUAGGACUUUGCAUUUGGGGAGACAUGCGCUUUUUUACAAAAGCAUUUUCUAGUUUAUAAGUUACAUUACAUGUAUACAAGUACUGGUAAACAUUUAUUAGAUGUAUGGUUAACUAACCUUUACCCUGCUAAAUUUCUAAAUUGGAUUGGUCCAUCUUCAAUUUGGGCUGUACCACUUAUUAUUCAAAGGGGAGUUUAUAUAAAUUUACUGACUAAAUAGCGAACAGUGCGGUCGCAAAGGCAACUUGCCGCCAGCAGGCUAAAGGUUAAUGACAAGAUACAGGAUAUAAGCUAGCAAAGAAAUACCUAUUGGACGAAAGGGAAGCUAAAGUUCUGUACAGAAUAUAUCGUGUAUAUGGUCAGCAACAAAUUGUGUUAUGAUUCAUCUUGCCAAUUACCCGUUAUUUUACUUUUUCAUUGAUGGUCCAUACCAGCAAUGUGUCAGCCAUUUUUAGCUCAUCUGAUUUUUUGAAAAAAAAUGAUGAGUUAUUGUCAUCACUUGAGCGGUUGUCAGCGUCGGUGUUGCCUGGUUAAGUUUUAUGUUUAGGUCAGCUUUUCUCCUAAACUAUCAAAGCUAUUGCUUUGAAACUUGGAAUACUUGUUCACCAUCAUAAGCUGUCCCUGUAUAGCAAGAAACAUAACUCCAUCUUGCUUUUUGCAAGAUUUAUGGCCCCUUUUGUACUUAGAAAAUAUCAGAUUUCUUGGUUAAGUUUUAUGUUUAGGUCAACUUUUCUCCUAAACUAUCAAAGCUAUUGCUUUGAAACUUGGAAUACUUGUUCACCAUCAUAAGCAUACCCUGUACAUCAAGAAACAUAACUCCAUCUUGCUUUUUGCAAGAAUUAUUGCCCCUUUUGGACUUAGAAAAUCAGUUUUCUUGGUUAAAUUUUAUGUUUAGGUCAGCUUUUAUCCUAAACUAUCAAAGCUAUUGCUUUAAAACUUGCAACACUUGUUCACCAUCAUAAGCUGACCCUGUACAGCAAGAAACAUAACUCCAUCCUGCUUUUUGCAAGAUUUAUGGCCCCUUUUGGACUUAGAAAAUAUCAGAUUUCUUGGUUAAGUUUUAUGUUUAGGUCAACUUUUUCUCUUAAACCAUCAAAGCUAUUGCUUUAAAACUUGCAAAUCUUGUUUACCAUCAUAAGCUGACCCUGUACAGCAAGCAACAUAACUCCAUCCUGCUUUUUGCAAUAAUUAUUGCCCCUUUUGGACUUAGAAAAAACCUUUUAUUGGUUGAAUAUUAUGUUUAAGUCAACUUUUCUCAUAAACUAUCAAAGCUAUCGCUUUAAAACUUGCAACAGUUUUUCACCAUCAUAAGUGGACACUGUACAUCAAGAAACAUAACUCUAUCCUGCUUUUUGCAAGAAUGAUGGCCCUUUUUAGACUGUAGGACAAUAUUUCUAUUAUACAAAAAAAAAAGAAAGGCGGUGCUCUUGUUAUAUGUCCGUCUAUGAAAGAGCGAGGCGUAUUAUGUGAACACCUGUGGUAGGCGGGCGGGUGGUGUCCAAAAGCAUGUAUGCUCUUUAAGUCAAAUAGUUUUCAUCAGAUCUUCACCAAACUUGGUGACAAUGUUUGUGGGCAUUAUAUCUCGGCCAUGUUCGAUAACCAGCAAAAACACACCUGGCACUCUUGGGUUGUGGCUCUUGAAUUACUCGAAAUCUGCAAAUUUGGCCUUGUCCACUCUCCAAGUCACACGGUUUUUAUUUGAUCUUCACCAAACUUGGUGACAAUGUUUUUGGGCAUAAUAUCUCGUCCAGGUUCUAUUACCAGCAAAAUCGCCUCGGGCACUCUUGGAUUAUGGCCUUUGAAUUACUCGAAAAACUGCAAAUUUAGCCUUGUCCGAUCUCUUAAGUCGAACAAUUUUCAUUUGAUCUUCCACAAACUUGCAGAUAAUGUUUGUGGGCAUAAUAUCUCAGCCAAGUUCAAUAAUCAGCCAAAUCACCCCAGGCACUGUUGGAUUAUGGCCCUUUAAUUUCUCGAAAUCUGGGAAUAUAUAUUAGCCUUGUCUGCUCUCUAAGUUGAACAGUUUUUAUCUGAUCUUCACCAAACUUGCUUACAAUGUUUGUGGGCAUAAUAUCUUGGCCAAGUUUGAUAACCAGAGAAAUCGUCUCAGGCAAUCUUUGAUUAUGGCCCAUGAAUAAGGCCAAGUUUCGAUGAUGGGCGUAUUUUGUGACAGUCUGCCAGUCUUGUUUAAAAAUGAAAAUUCAUAUCAAACGUUUAUUAACCCAAUAUCCAAUAUAUUUGAUCUGCACAUAAAGUUUCAUGACCAACAGAAAUGCAAGACGCUAAAAUGUCGGCAGCAGAAGAAAUCGAAAUGUCAGUCUCUCGAUUACUGUCAUAUUAUCAGAUCAUCUCGUAUCGGCUGAUCAUUAUUUUUCCUCUGUCCAUGAUCUUCUGUCUGUAGACAAGCCUCUGUAAGCAUUUAAACCUCUUUAAAUACCUGAAUUUUUCAUUGUAAGUGCGGAAAUCGGAAAAUUGAACUAUUUAGGCAAAAUGUCACAAAUUUCAAACAAAAGCAGAUGUUUCUGCACGAGGGGUUUUUGUUGCACACGGGUUUUAAAUAUUUUGUUGAGCAUUCAUCAUGGUCCUGCUGUAACUGCACUUAAUGAUUUAGUACUUGCCAAUAAUCUAGUGUUAGGCUAUUUUUAGGGCAACAUACGUGGAAAGUUAAAAAUAAAUAGGUUUGAAGCACUCUAGAGGUCUGCACUGAUUGCGAAGGGAAAAUCACUUGCCACCAGCAGGCUAAAGGUUAAAAUAAUAUUGAAAAUAGUGUAAGACAGACAGACAGACAGACAAAACUGUAUCUGUAAAUAACAGAAUGAAGUUGUUCCACCUUAGGCAAACCAAACUGACUGUAAUACUUGUGUCAUCAAGAUCAGCAUUCUAGUGCAGUGUCCUGUUUUUUUGGUAAGCAUAUUAAGGAUUCAUUUUGAAACUAUUAUUUCAUUGUCAUAUUUUGAUACAUGUGAUUAUAAAUGCAAUUAACCCAUGACCUAUUUUGAAUAUCUAUAAUGUAUGCAAACAACCUUCGGCAUUUAAGUUACAGGUUUCUGAACUUUUGCAUCUAUUUUCUAAGAAAGGCUAUGCAUUUAUUGCACAUAUAUGUCAAUUUUCAUGGAAAUGACAGAUAAUCUUGUCAAUUUUCACGGAACUAGUGAUUUUUAUAUACAGUGAAAUUGCUCGUUUUAUGUAAUUUCCGUUAAGAAAUUGAUGUGUCAAGCUCAUUUGAUCUACACAGCUUGUUGUUGUAAUGUAACAUACCGCAAUGAUAGCUCAAAACCACAAAAUUAAUCUGACUAAUAAAAUAGUCAUAAAAACUUCAUAUAAAGGUUUUGCAUAUAUCUGAAUUUCUAAAUCAAACAUAUGAAGGAAGUAGCUGCUUGCAUACCAGAUUUAUAGUAUAAUUUGUCUUUAUAAUUGAACCGUGCCAUGGGAAAACCAACAUAGUGGCUUUGCGACCAGCAUGGAUCCAGACCAGCCUGCGCAUCUGCGCAGUCUGGUCAGGAUCCAUGCUGUUCGCUUUCAAACCCUAUUGCAAUUGAAGAAACCAUUAGCGAACAAUAUGGAUCCAGACCAGACUUCUGGGAUGUGCAGGCUGGUCUGGAUCCAUGCUGGUCGCAAAGCCACUAUGUUGGUUUUCUCAUGGCACGGCUCAAUUAUACUUUUUGAUAAAUGGAUGGUGUUUAUUUUUCUAAGUGAAGAACUUGUUUUAUAACAAAAGCCUUGAGAUCUUCAUUUUCAUGUAAUUAAUCAACUUCUUACGAGGAUGUUUUAUUUUAUUAAAAAGACAAAUGAGGAAAAAGAUACUUCAUUUGGAAUACUUUUGACCUUCCAAGAAAUCAAAAUAUGAGCUUUUAUGUAAAAUCUUUUUUUUGUUGAAAAUCACUGUAUAUAUAAAUUGUAUUAUCACUUGUAUUGUCAAAAAAGUUUGUAAGGAAAACUGAAGAUAUUAACUGCUCUUAAUUGAUUUUAAUCAAAUUUCAGCGUCAGAAAUUAAAACUUGGACCUAAAAAUUUCAAAUAUUCUGUGUACAGAGUACUGGGUUUCUGGAAACUUAUAGAAAGCAGAUAGUAUUUCAUUCAGAUUAAAAUAUAUACACCAUUGUGUUGUGUGAAAUUUUACAUCAUUAGCUCACAUUCCUAGCAAAUAAGUGAAUUUGUUAUGCCUCCGAAGGGAGGCAUAUUAGUUUUCAACUGUCCAUCCAUUCGUUCGUUUGUUCGUUAGUUCGUCACAAUGUUAACUUUUUGCAUGAAUGCACUUUACUUGCAAACCACUGCACCCAGGACCUUCAGACUUCACGUGCUGAUAGUACUUAUUGAGUACACGACCCGUACUGACUUUGGGGUCAAAGGUCAAAAGUCAAGGUCACAGGGGCCAAUGUUAACUUUUUGCAUGAAGGCACUUUACUCGCGAACCAUUGCACCCAGGACCUUCAAACUUCACAUGCUGAUAGUACUUAUUGAGUACACGACCCCUACUGACUUUGGGGUCAAAGGUCAAGGUCACAGGGGCCAAUGUUAACUUUUUGCAUGAAGGCACUUUACUUGCGAACCACUGCACCCAGGGCCUUCAAACUUCACAUGCUGAUAGUACUUAUUGAGUACAUGACCCCUAUUGACUUUGGGGUCACCAGGUCAAAGGUCAAGGUGCUGCGGGGGCAUUUGUCACCAUUAGUGACAGCUCUUGUUGAUAAAUAGUGUUCAUGUAAUACAAGUUCUAAACAUUUUGAAAAUGAAAAAGUAAUUGUCCAUUUUAAUCAAGUUUCAGAAUUUUAGAAGUAGUCAGUCUUACAGACAUCCAAUCCAUUGCCCUUACCACUGAUUUGAUUGAUUGAGACUUACCGUAUUAUCUGUAUAAUUACUCCAUUCCCUACCCCGUAUCAUUCAUGAGAAGUUUGAUUUAUAGCUGAUACAUUUAUUAGGAUUUUUUUUUAAAAAUAUAAGAAGUUUGGGCGUAGGGGUUUGGUGUGUGUGAAAUUUGGCUCCUGAAUAAAAAGUCCCCUUUUGCAAAAUGUAAUGUCCUGUGUGUAUGUAUUAAGAGUAAUAUGCUAGAUUAAAAAUAUUGGGUACUCGAUACACAAAAUACUUUAGAAGAGUUUUUAUUGUAGGAGAAGGUAUGUCUUUCUUAUAUUACCGGUAUAACAAAUUCUUGAAAAAUAGUUAUAAUUUUCAUAUCUCAGACUCUACAUCCCUAAAUGAUGAUAUAUCUCUUAAUGUUUAGGAUGAUAUAUUGCAGAAUCAUGAAAUUUUAUGAACACUAAUUUACAUAAAUUUCAUAGUUGAUUCAAUCCACCAAAUAAGAUUUUUUUUUUUUUUAAAAAGCAAGUAAUAUUCCCAUUUAAUUUCAUCUUCUGAAUUUUAAAUCCAUGAGAUCAUAUCCACACAAAAUAGCACUUUUGACCAAAACCAUGAAAUUUUAUGCCCCUGAAAUAGGACUUUUGACCAAAACCAUGAAAUUUUAUGCCCCUGAAAUAGGACUUUUGACCAAAACCGUGAAAUUUUAUGCCCCUGAAAUAGGACUUUUGGCCAAAACCAUGAAAUUUUAUGCCCACGAAAUGACACUUUUGACCAAAGCUGAAAUUUUAUGCCCACGAAAUUAAAUUAUUUUACAGUAUUAUGUACACCAAGAUAUACGAGAAAUGAUAUAAUUCAGUAAUGUAUUAUCAAAUUUCCAAGAAAUAUAAAUUGAUACAUUUGUAACAUCUGUUUAUUAGAGAAACAUAUCAAAUUGCUGAUCUGUCAUACUGGAUGUAAAAGGAAAGUACAUUUAUGCAGCCUGUAUUCCCACUGCUUAAUUUGCAUAAAAUUUUUUAUAUCUUAGUUCAGACUUAUUGUACUGGAUUGAGGGUAUUCUAAAAUUGCUCAGUUUCUUUCUUGUUUAUUAAAGAAAGAAGGAUGUCAAGCAUUGUAAAAUCCGCAAUAAACAACGGUUGCUGCACAUGACUGAAAAUGUUAUGAAGUUUGUUUUAUGUCAGAUAACCCAUGAUGUCCAGUUCAUUACAACUUGGAUUAAUUAAAUUAAGCAUAAUUUUAUCAUGAUGUUUUACAGAGCAUGCUAAAAUGAAAAUAAACAAUGCCUUCUUGCAUUUUAUCAUCUGAUUUUUAACAGUUCAUUUUUUCAGAUUCUUUGAUAUCUAACUGUCGGGCAAACACUUAUGGUUAAAUUUCUGCACAUCUAAACUCUGAAAAAUUGUGUUUUACUUAAAUAAAUACACUCAAAAUUGGUCAUAAUGUUGCCAGAAUAAUUCACUUGGGCUAUGCCCUGUAACAGUCUUUUUCAUGUAUUGAUAAUGUUGCAACACAUUUUUCCUUUACAUUAAUGAUUAUUUCUUAAAUAAACCAUUCCAACACCUUGAAUUACCAUGUAAACCAUUUUUUUCUGUAGGCACAAAUAAAAUUCUGCCAAUUAACAUUUUUAUAGCAUUUUGAAUGUACAUACACAUGGGACAUGAAUUAUUGACAGCUGUUUUUCAAGCAACAUUAACUAAGCAUUUUCUGCCUGAUAAAACUUUUGUUUUAUGGUGAUGCAUUGUUUUAAACACAAAGAUAAAUGAGAUAUUAGAUACUUAAUAAGGAAUACUUUUAACCUUCCAAGAAGUACAAGUUUAAGCCAUUUUAAAACUUAUUUAGGCUGUGAAAUGAAAUUCCUUGAUUUCAGUGAUGUGGUGUUGUUGUUUUGUUGCUGUUGUUUUUUGUUGUUGUUUUUUGUUAUUUAAAAAAAUGCAAAUUCUUAGUUCUUGUGAUUAUAUUUUAAAGUGUGGGCCAACAGAUGAAAUAACAUCGUCUGUUUUGCAAAAACCUUUUGCAGGCAAUUAAUACAAAAAUAGAAUGCCUCCCACACUCUUUCACCUGCUGUCAAAGAUAAUAUUACUUUAACAUUUAACUACAUGGCAUUUAAUCAAAAUAUAAAAAUUAUGUUUACCAUUACUUGUUACUUUCGAAAGCAUUUAUAUUGUGUACUGUUAAUUUUAAUAUCAGAGAACAUAGAGAUAGGCCCUAUAAUUUUCAAUGAUAGUAUUACAUUAAAUAAAGUCUAGAAAUUAAUUUCCAAGUCCUUGAAAUAACCAAAAAUGAUUUCCCAAAUGUGAAGUUUAUGAUAGUUUUGUUAAUAUCAAUAACAGAAGUUUUAAUUUUUAAUUUAAAGUUGUGAUCCACAAAGAAUGACAACUCUUGCCUUGGGCUAGUACUUAUAAGUAGAGAUCUAUUAGUUUACUUCCCUUGCAAUUACACAAUUAAGUGGAAAAUGAAAACUGUUUCAGACACAAUAUCAUACUUUUUUGCACAACAAAAUCAUUAAAGAUUUAUUCAUUUGUGUUUGAUUUACCCCUCAAGACAUGGUUCCUAUAAUUCUGUCAACUUACAUAUGGUAAAAAAUUAACUUUUAACAAGCCAAUAAUAAAACGAAGUACCAGUAGGUAAAUUAUAGUGCAGAUAAUACAGUUUUGCUUGUAUCAAAAUGUCACAAUAGAUCCACUUUUGUAAUACAGAACACCUGGUAGGAUUAGUAAAGGUGCAAUUAUAUUGAUCUCUAUUUCCCAUGCCUAGAGAACAUUUGGGAAAGAUAGCAAUCUAAAUAAAUGUAGUUUUGAACAGUCAUAUAAAUGUCAAAAUUAACAUGGAAUACAGAUCUUUUGUUGCAUUUUAUAGCAAAUGCAUAAAAAAAUGAGUGAAAAGCAUGUUAUCCGCCAUCCCUCCACCCCCACAUGGAAAAUCCAUCAAUUAUUAUGAAUUAUUUAAGUUAAACGUGGAAAAAGUGAACUUUGCUCUCCAUCAGUUAUUAUGAUACAUAGACAUAUACAUUAAUUAUUUAGUGCAAGUUGUAAAUGAUUUCAGGUCAGAAAUACAGUCAACCCAGUCUGUAUUGACCUCGCUUGGGGAAUUAAAAAUAAUGGUCUUUGUUGACAAGUGGUCACUCAACACAAGUUUUUUUAAAUUUUCUCUAUAAAUUGUUUAACGGGGAAAAGAAAAUAUCGGCCAUUAUAAACAGGGUUUACAGUAGCAGCCUUUAUUCGGAGGUGGCCAUUAUGGCAGGAUAGACAGUAUUACAUUUUAGAGAGAUACAGUUAGACUUUGCCCCUUUAGAAAAAGUUAUGCCUGUUGAAAAUAUUUAGAGGUAGGUUUUCUACCAUGUUAAAAUAAUUUGUUUCUGAGAAACUGUGUGUAGUUAUACUAUUUCUAACCUCCAAAUUCAUGUUCUUGAGGAAAUGUGAUUAAAGAAAUUAAAUACACAGUAAUGUUCUUCCUGAGAAAUACCGCUUCCCCAGUCAAGGUGACUUUGUGAUACUUGAAAAUUAUGUUGAUCUAUUGUUCCCCUUGUAAAUUUCUUGAGUCUAUAGGAAAUUUUAGGAAAAACUACUUCUUCUACUGUCAAACCUGUAUUAAGCAGCCAACUAGGAGAAUGACACAAACUUUCUGCUUAAGGCAGGUGGCCGGUAAAUACAUUUAGUUGAAAUAAAAAGUCAGUUAGGGAAGUUUGCUUGCUGGUUGCCUAACCUUUAGCCUGCUGACGGCAAGCAAUUUUGCCUUUGCGACGAGUGCAGACCAAGAUCGGCCUGCACAUCCGUGCCUGCACUGUUGGCUAUUCAAUCAGUAUAUUUUCAGUGGACACCCCUUUGAAUAAGAAGUGGUACUGCCCAAAUUGAAUGAUUGACCAGUCCAUUUUAGAAACUCAGAAGGGUAAAGGAACAAGACAAGUGUUUGCUUAAAACAGGUAGUGGCUAAGGCAAUUUCAGCUGUAUUGCCCAGGACUAUUUUUCUUGGAUUUCAAGAUAAAUUUCCCAUUCACAUUUACCUCUACACAUUGAUGUCCCCACAAAUUAACCAUUUUUACUGAAAACACAAAGGUCAUCUUUGUUCAUGUAAAGUGAAAAAUUAUAUUUGUUUUCUGAAAUCUCUGAAAAUAUCUUUAAUAUUCGUAAUACAUUUAUCGACUUUCAUUCCUACACAUUCAUCUGCACAAGUAAUUUUCUUGUGCAUGUCCCAUGUCCUAAAAAUUGAUCAGUUUGUCCUUUGUUGCUAGGUAAAUGAAUAAUUUGUCCUCUGUCUUUUGGAAAAUAAGUUAUCGCUCUUAAAAGCUGUUGUAAUUUUCUUGACUAUAUGAAUGCAAUGCAUGUCACAUGUCCUGAAAAAAGAUCAGUUUGCCCUUCGCUGAUAGGUAAGUGAAAAAUAUGUCUUCUAUCUUUGAGAAAAUAAGUUAUCUUAAAUUUCCUUAACGAUCUUGCCUUACUUGAUAUUGAAAUCACUAUCUCUCUUCAAGUACAGAGAAAAAAAUACACAAAACAGCCUUUGUUUUAAGUAGGUUUUUUUAUACAAAAUUAGUGCAUAGCUCAGUAUCAGAUACUUUUAAUGAACAAUGUCUUUUGAAGUUUAUUAAUUGAACAAUGGUUUUGUUAAGUGUUCAGAAACAUUUCUUUUGUGUGUGGGCCAUCAUAAUUAAGUGUAGAAUUUUACAAGGUUCAGUGAUUUCAAAUUUGUAAAAUAUCAUCCUUUCUCAAAGUGAAGUAAAAUAUUCAUUAUACUUGUAAAUUUUGAAAUUUAGUUUCAAAUAAAGACAAAAUUUAUUAACACAUAAAAAAAGUUUUUAAGAUAUAUUUUAACAAAAAAUCAAUUCUGUUGAUCCUGAGACAAUGACUUGCAUGUACUUUGAUUUGUAUUGGUCAGCUGACUGCCCUUUACCGAAAGAUGUAUGCUUUUAGCUACCAUGCACUUUGUCAUUAUUGAUUGGUGGAUGUUUUAUGUGAACUUGGUAGUGUUAAAUUUACAGGAUCGGCAAAAUCAAUUGUUUGACUGUACCGGUGGCCAUAUGUACAAAUAGCAGUGCAUCGCCAUUUUACAAUAUAACCGUUAUACUGACAAGUAGGAAAUAGAUGUUUGAAAAAAAAAAAGAAAUGGACAGGUAAUUCAAAAAUUAGAGUUUGCUGCCCCUAAUCUACCCAAAAACAGAAACCUUGAAUAUGUACAAAAGAGAGGGGGUGGGGGGGGGGGGUGGGGUUGUUGAUUAAUCCACUGAGCUGUAAGUCUUAAAUUUGUACCGGUACUUAGUUAAUACAGAAAUACUAAAUUUUCUGUCAUAGUUAAAUUAUCACUAUGAGGACCCCAGUGGAGCUUGAACCCGCAACUGCCAACACCUUGACAACUAGAUCAUUGCUACCACAGUUGUCAGUGCGCUGUAAUAUGUUGUAAUGUGGCAAAAUAGGGAUGAAUUUGGCCAAUGGCACCCAGUUUUAUAAAGUUUGGUACUGUAUGUUAGUAUGCGAACAGUCAUGUUCCUAGCGGGCAUGGAUAUUUGCAUGCUAGUCAGGGCUAAUGUGCAAUAUAUUAAUUUUAGUUUCCAGAUAGAAUUAUUUAUUCUUGUUUUUUACCAUUGUGUAUAAUACAUAUCAUGCAUUAUUCAUGUAUUUCUGAAAAUUGAUAUUUUUUGCAGAUGUGGAGUAAUUUUAAAAGUGCAAAGUGCUUUAAGUUCAAAAAGUAUACAUGUAGACAAAGUACUUGAACUAUUUUGUUAAUUUCCGUAAAUCUUUGAAUUUGAACUUUUCACUUAAUUUCUGUAAAUUCUGAAUUUUCACCCUUGCACUGAUGAUUAACGCUGAAGUCUUUAGUUGGGUGUUUUCUAAAAAGAAGAAAUCGUGAAAGAUUUUCAGAAAUUUAUUCAGAAAGUACAAAGCACUUACCGUAAUUUAUUUUCACAAUACUGUUUACUUCCGGAUUGUACUUUUUCAAUAAUUUUGUUUCUUUUUGAGAUUUGUUUGAUUUAUGUAUAUUUGAGCCACGCCAUGAGAAAACCAACAUAGUGGCUUUGCGACCAGCAUGGAUCCAGACCAGCCUGCCCAUCCGCACAGUCUGGUCAGGAUCCAUGCUGUUCGCUUUCAAAGCCUAUUGCAAUUAGAGAAACUGUUAGCGAACAGCAUGGAUCCUGACCAGACUGCGCGGAUGCGCAGGCUGGUCUGGAUCCAUGCUGGUCGCAAAGCCACUAUGUUGGUUUUCCCAUGGCAUGGCUCAUUUCAUUUUAUCUGUUUUUUUGUAACAUCGGAUUAGGAUGAUUUUCAAAAAUUGACCUACUUUAUAUUUCUGAAAAUGAAAAUUUAUGGACAGUAUUUAAUACAGGUAGAACUCAAACAAUAAUAGCAACUAUAGUUGACUGUAUAAUCGAUUGUAAAAUUGUACACCAUGGUGAUAUAAUUGCAAUGUAUUUAACCAUGAGGUUAUUAUAAUAUAUAGUUCAAUUUUCAUGUCAGCAAUGUUAUUGUCAAAAGGGUAAUAUCUCAAAACAGGAGACUGUUUUCAAUAGUACCUAUUUAUAGGUAUGGUCCAAUAUUUGACAUCCAAAUUUGGUCAGUGUUUUUCAGGUCAGCAAUGUUGUUUACAAAGGAUUAUCUCUGUCAUGUGUAGCAACAGUUAGUCAUAUUACCUGAUGUAGAUAAAUUUAGUCACCAUAAUGACCUAUGAUUGUGUCCGGUGUGAUUUUAGACCACACAAAAACAAAAACAACGUAGGUAAAUUACACGUUUAAAGGUCUGGUUUUGACUGUAAAAUAUCAGAAUAUUGUAAAAUAUCAGAAUAUUCAACAAAAUGUUAAUUGUUUGUUAUUAAAUUAUGGUCAAUAAGUGAUCAGUAAUUGCAAAUCUUGAUAAACUUUUGAAUAUUUAUCCUAACUUAUGAAUAUUUAUAUGUCACGCCAUUGAAUAUGAAUUGAUAAUGAUGGUACCUUGUAUUCUGUAAUAAAAUGCAUUAAAAUUGAAAUCAUA